UGUAUUGAUAAUAAACAAAAGACAAUAUGUAUAUAUACUGUGAGUAUGAAUUUCAGCGCACGUUUAAUGUUGGAGAAUAUAUAUAAUAUUUAAGAUUAAUCUUUUGACAAAGUGACAUGUUCGUUCUGUCAAAGGACAUGUGGGAUCAUAUAACGUCGUCAAGUGUUAUGCUCAAGACGACCCACAUGUGGAUCACAUGUUCGUCCGACACAGUAACGAGGACGUGGGAUUUAGUGACGUUGUCAAGUGUCAUGACUUGGAGACAAAACUGUGUUGUUUUGGUGUUUAAAAACAGAGUUUUUUCUAUUCUAUUAAGGUAGAGUGAAUCUGUGUUGAGAAGUACAACGAUGGGACAAGGUAAAGAAGUAAAGACGAGACCAGAUCCUCAAGUGGAGAUUCAAGAAAGAGGAGAAAUAUUCUUCUUUUAUAGGCCAAAGGUGAACAAAGAAGAAGCUCACAGCGUGGACGAUGUUCAAAGGUUAUACAUAGUGAUGCGUCCAGAGUCGGGCGAGAAUCCCGUUGAGGAGAAACAAGACCCUCUCUCUGGUAAAGAAGGUUCCGAGAAAGAAGAUUCUGAAGAAGACGAUAAUAAAAGCUCCUCCUCUGGUUCCAAAAAAGGAGGUGAAGGAGGCCACGGCGUUGAGAAAGUUAACAUCGAGAAACAGAUUCUGUUACGAUUCAUAGUGAUGGGUAAGAAAAGCCUUCCCGAUCCGAGCAAGAAGUCGCAACCUUUCUGGGGUUUCGUGGAGUUGGUGACUACGAACGUUGAAGAUGUAAAAGAAGCUCUUAAAGGAGAGGAAUAUCAGACGAAGACUCAAGGUCAUAGACACAAGCCUCCGGCAAGAGCUGUGGGAGAAGGAAUCUACAGAAUUCUCCGACAUAAACCGACUCCGACAAGAAAACACCACACACAUCUCGUCUACAAACUCGAGUUUCCAUCGAGGACGGGAGAACACGAGCCGCAAGAGUCGAUGAACAUUGAACCGGAAGGCUCGUUCUUGAUCCAAGUACGAAACCCGGAGCAAGGAAAAGGAGGGAGAGGGUCGGGGUUCAGAGGGUUGAAGAGGAAAAGAAAGGCCCAGUUUCCAGCCCAUCUACAGGCCCAUUUAGGUCACACCCGGUUCGGAGCAGCCGACCCGCCUGAUUUCUUGAAUUAUGAAGGGUGUGAGUUUUUACUGAUCUCGGCGUCUGAUGAUAUAGAGGCAGAGUUGGGGAUGGAGUUGGAGCCUGACGGUGAAGGCGAUGAGUCCUCGUGCGAUCUUGUGAAGACUUUUGGGGAUGAUGUUGAUGCUACUCCUCUACUUCGCGGUACAUGGGACUGACGGUGGUGGAAGCUCACUAAUAGCUUAAAGUUAGAUCAUGGAUGAUAGUUAGUAAAUGGUAGCUAAAUGGGUCAGUGUGUACGAGUAGGACUCUAGGUGGUUUAACUUUUUGGUUGUAAAAUGGUCCCCUUGUGUGAAGUUAUGUAAAUAGCUAAUGCUUGUAGACGACUUUACGUUGUUAACUUUUGUGUUGUUUUUUCUUUUGUAAACAAGUGGUGUGUUUUCUUAGUGGUCUAAUAGCAAGCUAGUAUGCAAGUGUUUUU